UGGUAGGAAGCGCGGGGAGCGGGGGGCGCUUUUAAAACACCGAUCUGGGUUUUCUUUAAAACCUCCUUUGAAAAAAUAAUGGCAAACUCGACGGGGAAGGCGCCUCCGGACGAGCGGAGAAAGGGACUCGCUUUCCUGGACGAGCUGCGGCAGUUCCACCACAGCCGAGGGUCGCCUUUCAAGAAAAUCCCCGUGGUGGGUGGGAAGGAGCUGGAUCUGCACGGUCUCUACACCAGAGUCACUACUUUAGGCGGAUUCGCGAAGGUUUCUGAGAAGAAUCAGUGGGGAGAAAUUGUUGAAGAGUUCAACUUUCCCAGAAGUUGUUCUAACGCUGCCUUUGCUUUAAAACAGUAUUACUUGCGUUACCUAGAAAAGUACGAGAAAGUUCAUCAUUUUGGGGAGGAUGAUGAUGAAGUACCACCAGGCAAUCCAAAGCCACAGCUUCCUAUUGGUGCAAUUCCAUCUUCCUACAAUUACCAGCAACACAGUGUAUCAGAUUAUCUUCGUCAAAGUUAUGGGCUAUCUAUGGACUUCAAUUCGCCAAAUGAUUAUAACAAAUUGGUGCUUUCACUGUUAUCUGGACUCCCAAAUGAAGUGGAUUUUGCUAUUAAUGUAUGCACUCUUCUGUCAAAUGAAAGCAAACAUGUCAUGCAACUUGAAAAAGACCCUAAAAUCAUCACUUUAUUACUUGCUAAUGCUGGGGUGUUUGACGACACUUUAGGAUCCUUUUCUACUGUAUUUGGAGAAGAAUGGAAGGAGAAGACUGAUAGAGAUUUUGUUAAGUUUUGGAAAGACAUUGUUGAUGAUAAUGAAGUCCGUGACCUUAUUUCUGAUAGAAACAAGUCUCAUGAAGGUGCAUCAGGAGAAUGGAUUUGGGAGUCUUUAUUUCAUCCACCUCGAAAGCUGGGCAUUAAUGAUAUUGAAGGACAGCGGGUACUUCAGAUUGCAGUGAUUUUGCGAAACCUUUCUUUUGAGGAGGGAAAUGUUAAGCUCUUGGCAGCUAAUCGUACCUGUCUUCGUUUCCUAUUACUUUCUGCACAUAGUCAUUUUAUUUCCCUAAGGCAAUUAGGCCUUGACACAUUAGGAAAUAUUGCAGCUGAGCUUUUAUUGGAUCCUGUUGAUUUCAAAACUACUCAUCUGAUGUUUCAUACUGUUACAAAAUGCCUAAUGUCAAGGGAUAGAUUUUUAAAGAUGAGGGGCAUGGAAAUUUUGGGAAAUCUUUGCAAAGCAGAAGAUAAUGGUGUUUUGAUUUGUGAAUAUGUCGAUCAGGACUCAUACAGAGAGAUCAUUUGUCAUCUCACUUUACCUGAUGUACUGCUCGUAAUCUCAACACUCGAGGUGCUAUAUAUGCUCACAGAAAUGGGAGAUGUAGCUUGUACAAAAAUUGCUAAAGUAGAAAAGAGCAUAGACAUGUUAGUAUGUCUAGUUUCUAUGGAUAUUCAAAUGUUUGGCCCUGAUGCACUAGCUGCAGUAAAACUCGUUGAACAUCCAAGUUCCAGUCAUCAAGUUUUAUCUGAAAUUAGGACGCAAGCUGUAGAGCAAGUUCAAACCCAGAUCCAUGUAGCAGCUGCCCCAGCUUCCAGAGCAGUUGUAGCACAGCAUGUUGCUCCACCUCCAGGAAUAGUGGAAAUAGAUAGUGAGAAGUUUGCUUGUCAGUGGCUAAAUGCUCAUUUUGAAGUAAAUCCAGAUUGUUCUGUCUCUCGAGCAGAAAUGUAUUCUGAGUACCUCUCAACUUGCAGUAAAUUAGCUCGUGGUGGAAUCCUAACAUCAACUGGAUUUUAUAAAUGUCUUAGAACGGUGUUUCCAAAUCAUUCAGUGAAGAGAGUGGAGGAUUCCAGUAAUAGUGGGCAGGCGCAUAUUCAUGUAGUAGGAGUAAAACGGAGGGCUAUACCACUUCCCAUUCAGAUGUACUAUCAGCAGCAACCAGUUUCUACUCCUGUUGUUCGUGUUGAUUCUGUUCCUGAUAUAUCUACAAGUCCUUCACCUGCAGGAAUCCCUCAUGGACCACAAACUGUAGGAAACCAUUUUCAGAGGACUCCUGUUACCAAUCAAUCUUCAAAUUUGACUGCAACACAAAUGUCUUUUCCAGUACAAGGUGUUCAUACUAUGGCACAGACUGUUUCAAGAAUUCCACCAAAUCCUUCAGUUCAUACCCACCAGCAACAAAAUGCUCCGGUGACUGUCAUUCAAAAUAAAGCUCCAAUUCCUUGUGAAGUUGUUAAGGCUACAAUGAUCCAGAAUUCUAUACCCCAGACGGCAGUUCCUGUUAGUAUUGCUGUAGGAGGAGGAGCUGCACAGAGUUCUGUGGUUCAGAAUCAUAGUACAGGGCCACAGCCUGUUACAGUUGUAAAUUCCCAGACAUUGCUUCAUCAUCCAUCUGUAAUUCCACAACAGUCUCCAUUACAUACCGUGGUACCAGGUCAGAUACCUUCUGGCACUCCUGUUACUGUAAUUCAACAAACUGUCCCACAGAGUCAUAUCUUUGGCAGAGUACAGACCAUGCCAGCAUGUACUUCUACAGUUUCACAGGGUCAACAGUUGAUCACCACAUCACCCCAACCUGUGCAAACUUCAUCUCAACAGACAUCAGCUGGUAGCCAGCCACAAGACACUGUUAUCAUAGCACCCCCACAGUAUGUAACAACUUCUGCAUCUAAUAUUGUCUCAGCAACUUCAGUACAGAAUUUUCAGGUAGCUACAGGACAAAUGGUUACUAUUGCUGGUGUCCCAAGUCCACAACCCUCAAGGGUAGGGUUUCAGAAUAUUGCACCAAAACCUCUCCCUUCUCAGCAAGUUUCAUCAACGGUGGUACAACAGCCUAUUCAACAACCACAGCAGCCAACCCAACAAAGUGUAGUGAUUGUAAGCCAGCCAGCUCAACAAGGUCAGACUUAUGCACCAGCCAUUCACCAAAUUGUUCUUGCUAAUCCAGCAGCUCUUCCAGCUGGUCAGACAGUUCAGCUAACUGGACAACCAAACAUAACUCCAUCUUCCUCACCAUCACCUGUCCCAGCUUCUAAUAACCAAGUCCCUACUGUCAUGUCAUCUUCUUCCACCCCUCAAUCACAGGGACCACCUCCUACUGUCAGUCAAAUGCUAUCUGUGAAAAGACAGCAGCAGCAGCAUUCACCAGCACCUCCACCUCAGCAGGUACAAGUACAAGUUCAGCAGCCACAAGUACAGAUGCAAGUUCAACCACAGCAAACAAAUGCAGUUGGUCAGCCUGCUUCUGGUGAGUCAAGCCUAAUAAAACAGUUGCUGCUUCCAAAACGUGGUCCUUCAACUCCAGGUGGUAAGCUUAUUCUCCCAGCUCCACAGGUUCCUCCCCCUAAUAAUGCAAGAGCGCCUAGCCCUCAGGUGGUAUACCAGGUGGCCAAUAACCAAGCAGCAGGUUUUGGAAUGCAGGGGCAAACUCCAGCACAGCAGCUGUUAGUUGGGCAGCAAAAUGUUCAGUUGGUCCAAGGUGCAAUGCCAUCCACAGGGGGAGUGCAAACCGUGCCCAUCUCGAACUUACAAAUAUUGCCAGGUCCACUGAUCUCAAAUAGCCCAGCAACCAUUUUCCAAGGGACUUCAGGCAACCAGGUAACCAUAACAGUUGUGCCAAAUACAAGUUUUGCAACUGCAACUGUGAGUCAGGGAAAUGGAACUCAGCUAAUUGCUCCAGCAGGAAUUACCAUGAGCGGGACCCAGGCAGGAGUUGGACUUCAGGUGCAAACACUUCCAGCCAGUCAAGCAUCUCCAGCUGGACAAUCAUCUUGUACUACUGCUACUCCCCCAUUCAAAGGUGAUAAAAUAAUUUGCCAAAAGGAGGAGGAAGCAAAAGAAGCAACAGGUUUACAUGUUCAUGAACGUAAAAUUGAAGUCAUGGAGAACCCGUCCUGCAGACGAGGAACCAUGAACACCAGCAAUGGGGAUACAAAAGAAAAUGAAAUGCAGGUGGGAAGUCUUUUAAAUGGGAGAAAGUACAGUGACUCAAGUCUACCUCCUUCAAACUCAGGGAAAAUUCAAAGUGAGGCUAAUCAGUGCUCACUAAUUAGUAAUGGGCCAUCAUUAGAAUUAGGUGAAAAUGGAGCAUCUGGAAAACAGAACUCAGAACAAGUGGACAUGCAGGAUAUCAAAAGUGAUUUGAGAAAACCUUUAGUUAAUGGAAUCUGUGAUUUUGAUAAAGGAGAUGGUUCUCAUUUAAGCAAAAACAUUCCAAAUCACAAAACUUCCAAUCAUGUAGGAAAUGGUGAGAUAUCUCCAAUGGAACCACAAGGGACACUAGAUGCCACUCAGCAAGAUACUGCCAAAGGUGAUCAACUAGAAAGAAUUUCUAAUGGACCUGUAUUAACUUUGGGUGGUUCAUCAUCUGUGAGCAGUAUACAGGAGACUUCAAAUGUGGCAACACAGCAAUUUAGUGGUACUGAUUUGCCUAAUGGACCUCUAACUUCAAGUUUGAAUUCAGAUGUGCCUCAGCAACGCCCAAGUGUGGUUGUCUCACCACAUUCUACAACCUCUGUCAUACAGGGGCAUCAAAUUAUAGUUCCCCACUCAGGAUCAAGAGUGUCCCAUUCUCCUGCCCUACCAUCUGAUGUUCGGUCUACAAAUGGCACAGCAGAAUGCAAAACUGUAAAGAGGCCAGCAGAGGAUAAUGAUAGGGAAACAGUCACAGGAAUUCCAAAUAAAGUAGGUGUUAGAAUUGUUACAAUCAGUGACCCCAACAAUGCUGGCUGCAGUGCAACAAUGGUUGCUGUGCCAGCAGGAGCAGAUCCAAGCACUGUAGCUAAAGUAGCAAUAGAAAGUGCUGUUCAGCAAAAGCAGCAGCAGCCAUCAUCAUACAUACAGAAUGUGGUCCCACAGAACACUCCUAUGACGCCUUCACCAGCUGUACAAGUGCAGAGCCAGCCUAACAGUUCUCAGCCUUCUCCAUUCAGUGCAUCUAGUCAACAUGGGGAUUCAGUGAGAAAACCUGGACACAACUUCAUGUGUCUGUGGCAGUCUUGUAAAAAGUAAAUGGCAAUUUUAUUUAAUAUACAU